ACCAGAGAUGAGCUGCCGUCUUCUCUGCAGCAAAGGAAGGAUGCAUCACUGCACAGAGAUUGAAAAGGCCUCCAUGCUGCUCUUAGUCGACAGGGUGGCCACUGCAACGGGUGUGGAUGUGCCUGACAAGAUGAAGAGCCGAAUACCUGUGGUGCUCCUGGCCUGUGGCUCCUUUAACCCCAUCACCAACAUGCACCUGCGCUUGUUUGAGGUGGCCAGAGAUCACCUACACCAAACAGAAUAUGAAGAAAAGGACCAUGAAGUUGCACUCGUUUUUCCUGGACCUCAGAAUAUCUCAAUAAAAGAUAUUUCUUUUCAUCUGCAAAAAAGGAUUCAAAAUAAUGUUAGCGGCAAAAAUGAUGACCCUGACAAGUCAUCUUUUAAAUGCAAAAGAACUGAAGAACAAGAGUUCUGUGAUUUGAAUGACAGCAAGUGCAAAGGCACAACACUGAAAAAAAUUAUAUUUAUAGAUAGCACCUGGAACCAAACAAACAAAAUAUUCACUGAUGAGCGACUUCAAGGAAUGUACCAGGUCAUCCAGGGUAUCAUCUCUCCUGUCAACGACAACUAUGGGAAGAAAGACCUCGCAGCUUCUCAUCACCGAGUGGCCAUGGCCCGACUGGCCCUGCAGACAUCCGACUGGAUCCGGGUGGACCCCUGGGAGAGUGAGCAGGCACAGUGGAUGGAGACAGUGAAGGUGCUGAGGCAUCAUCGCAGCGAACUGCUCAGAUCUCCACCCCAGAUGGAAGGCCCAGACCAUGGCAAGGCACUCUCCCCGACCCCUGCAGCUGCGCCUGAACUGAAGCUUCUCUGUGGGGCAGACGUCUUGAAGACCUUCCAGACCCCCAACCUCUGGAAGGAUGCGCACAUCCAGGAAAUAGUGGAGAAGUUUGGCUUGGUGUGUGUGGGCCGGGCAGGUCACGACCCAAAAGGUUACAUUUCAGAAUCUCCCAUCCUACGGAUGCACCAGCACAACAUUCACCUGGCCAAGGAGCCCGUGCAGAAUGAGAUCAGUGCCACGUACAUCAGGCGAGCCUUGGGCCAAGGGCAGAGCGUAAAGUACCUGAUCCCCGAUGCUGUCAUCACCUACAUCAAGGACCAUGGCCUCUACACCAAGGACAGUGCCUGGAAAGGCAAAAGCACUCAGAGCGCUGAGGGCAAGACAAGCUAGGGAGGGGGGACUCAGCACCCACACCUCCUCCAACAAGCUCCUGCUGGGGAGAGGGCUGUUAAGGUUUCUGUUUUACUUUGGUUUUUGCUUCUCCAUUUUUCAUUUGCUUUAUUUCUACAAUGAUCCUACUUCUGAGGAGUCUUCUGUCCCAGGAAGAGAUACCUUCUUUGCGAGAGAGGAAAGGUCUAAAUCUCAAGGAUAGACAUUUAUCAAAAAAGUUAAAAUGGUGUGGCAGGUCAUUAGGAUUAGGCAGAAUCUCUCAGAGCUGCUGGACAAGGAGGCCUACUUAUUUUGUGUGGAUGGUAAUUAUGGCGUACACACUGAAUGCAGUUCUGAGCAUGGCAGGGGCCCCUGAGGGUCAGAUCAGAAUUGCCCACAAUGCGUUUUUUAACUAGGACCAGGUGCAGCAUGCUAGUCUUGAUUGGAAAGAUUUGACAGGAUGCUAAUUACUGAACAGUGGGUUUUGUCAACGCCCUGGUUUCAGAAUAUGAACUGAGGAGUCAAACAGUUGGAAACAGCACAUUGCUGAUUUACACUGGAUCUUGCCUUACAAACCAUUGUCUGCCUGCCUAACCAGCCUUUCAUAAAAUUUAAACAAAACUCUUUCUACGUAGUGAUCCUCAAGCAAUAUUUUUGAUACAGCAAGUGUCAAACUUGCUAUAGUAUAAAAGCCGGGGCUCCUGAUUUCCAGGUUUCUAAAAAGGAACUGAGGUAAAACAGAUGCCUGACUGUUUUAAAGGAUCUUUUUUAAUGUUUUAUGACUGCCUGUCUGUUUGAAUACUGGCAAAGGGAUAAAUAAUAAAUUGACAUCAAAAAGUA